CACACGGGAAGUCUGUGAAAGUUUGACGCGUGAGCUUGUCUGCACGUGCACCGGGAACACGUGGACGGUGGCGGCAUGGUGAGUGUGUUGUGCGCAUGAGGGUGAUAGAGGAUUAAGGGCGGCAUCAUGUUUCGUAGAUUAGAAGCAGUACUUUUUAUAUUUUCACGAAUAUGGUCCGCUUGGGCGGCUCUAACAGAGGACGAUGCGUUUGCUUUGCCACCUUCCUUCGCCCUAGGAGGCAAUCCAGAAGUUUCCGAAUACGACAUCCUCAGGGCCGUGAAGAUCCCCUUCCAGGACGCCAAGACGCAGUACAUCGACGAGGACGGCCACGACGGCUUCCCCGCCUUCGGCUUCCGCACCGGAUCCGACGUCAAGAUAGCCCAUCGCCAAAUAUUGCCGGAGAAGCUGUCGCCGGAGUUCUCGAUUCUAAUAAGCGCUAAGCCGCGAUCCAAACGUGGCGGCUUCAUCUUCGCCGUAGUCAACCCGUACGACACGGUCGUCGAGCUGGGCGUCAGGAUAGCGCCCGAAGGGGCCAGCUCGGCGGCGCUGUCGCUCUUCUACACCGACUCGUCCGAGUUCAAUUCGCAGAGCAUAGCGAACUUCACAGUUCCCAAGUUUCACGGCAAAUGGAUGAGGUUCGCCUUCAGGGUGUCGCUGGACAACGUCACUCUGUUCUUCAACUGCAAUGAGACGGAGACGAUGCUGGUGCAGAGGAAGCCCUUGGAGUUGGUCUUUGAUUCGGCAUCCACGCUGUAUAUAGCUCAGGCAGGGCCUACUAUUGGAGAACCCUAUGAGGGCGCUUUGGAUCAAGUGAAAAUUUUCCUGGACCCCAACAUGGCUUCCGAGCAAUGCAAAACGGACUUUCAGGGUUUUCAGUCAUUCGAUGAAGACUAUAAUAACGAAAUAGAUGUGGAGAGGACGGAUUACGACGGGUCUUUAAGGGAAGGCAGCGGUGCGGACGACUUGGGGGCGUUCCCCCCACCACCACCCCCUCCCGAUGGUAAGACUUGCUUUUGUGGUAAAGAGAAUUGUUGUAAUUUUAUUUCUGACGCCGAACAAGCUGCUGGACGGUACAGAGGCGAGAAGGGAGAUCGUGGUCAGCGGGGACCACCAGGAGAAUCUAUAAGGGGCCCCCCUGGACCUCCGGGCCCACCAGGACUUCCAGGUGCAGCUGCUCCAGAGGCCGUAUGCACUUGCAACCUUACCUCGAUCUUAAGUUCCUUGGGAGCAAACAACAACUUCCCCUUUACGCCCGCCCAUGGCGUUGAGGGUAAAACAGGACUUCCGGGAAUACCCGGACAACCAGGCCCCUCGGGGGAGAGGGGGCCCAUUGGGCCAAGAGGGGACAAGGGGGAGAGAGGGGAAAGGGGUCCCAUGGGCCCUACUGGACUGCAGGGGCCUAGAGGGGAGCCGGGAAAGGACGGUCUACCGGGACAACCAGGACCUCCCGGCCCAUCGGGACCCCCCGGGCCGGUAGAAUUCGAAAACGUAGACCCUAGCUGGAAACCCAGAGGACAAUUUAAGGACACAGUUCUGGGCGGUUCGAUGGUACGCCCAGGAGUGCCGGGCCCCAAAGGCGAACCCGGAAAACAAGGCCCCUCCGGUCCCAGGGGAGAACGGGGCCCUGCAGGCCCGAAGGGGUCCCUGGGCGAUGCCGGGACCAAGGGCGAACGUGGAGACAGAGGUUUGCCCGGCGAGAAAGGCGCUCAGGGCACGAAAGGUGAAACAGGAACACCCGGACUCGAUGGUAUCCCUGGAACACCGGGAGUUUUUGGGAAGCAAGGGGACAGAGGGGAGAAGGGGGACGCGGGUGUGCCGGGUCUUCCCGGGCCUCCUGGAAUGGCUGUUAGUGCCACCAACGAGGGGGCGGAUUUCCUGCCGGGAGUUCCGGGGCAGAAGGGGGAACCCGGAGAUAAGGGACCGAAAGGAGACAGAGGCGUAGAUGGCGAGCCAGGCAUCCCAGGAGUGCCGGGUACGCCGGGUACACCGGGCGCCAAAGGUGAAAAGGGUGAUUUGGGUACAGAAGGAGCGAUUGGUCCCGUCGGUCCUCCAGGAUCUAAAGGAGAACGCGGCGAAAGAGGCCCACCAGGUGCCGUGAUCAUGCCAGAAGGCAGCGAGCACAUAGUAACGGUGAAGGGCGAGAAAGGUGACAUGGGUAAAAGAGGUAGGAGGGGAAAACCUGGGCCAAUGGGACCGCCAGGACCGCCGGGGAAAGGCGGCGAGAUAGGAUUACCUGGUUGGAGGGGUCGACCAGGCAUACCAGGCGUUCCAGGGGUGAAAGGAGAAAAGGGAGAUUUUGGAGGGCUUCCAGGCGACAAAGGCGACAAGGGCGACAGGGGCGACCGAGGCCACGACGGCACCCCUGGCCGAGACGGCCAACCGGGUCCUCCGGGGCCCAAGAUUUCCGCCGAAGAGACAGUGCGCUACAUCCCGGUGCCUGGCCCCCCUGGACCGCCCGGUCCCCCGGGCAUGCCAGGGCUGUCCAUAACAGGACCCAAAGGGGAGCCCGGCAACCCCGUGGCCUACGGCGAGACGCGCUAUCUCCGACCAGGAAGAGCCACCACGAGCCCGCCUAUUCCGUCAGCUCCGGAGCAAGAACUUUCCACGGCCCGUAUUGUGCCGGGAGCGGUAACUUUCCAAGAUCGCGAUGCCAUGACGAAAAUGUCGUCCGCAAGUCCCGUGGGGACGCUGGCCUACGUCAUCGAGGAAGAAGCCCUUCUUGUGAGGGUUAACAAUGGCUGGCAGUACAUUGCGUUGGGAUCGCUAUUACCAGUGACGACUCCAGCGCCACCUACGACGAGCAGCCCACAGCAAUUGAGACCGCCGUUCGAAUCGAGCAAUCUUAUUAAUCACAUAUCCAAACCUGCUGAUGUUUCCAAUUGGUACCCAAAAAUGCUCCGUAUGGCGGCCCUGAACGAGGCCUACACCGGCGACGUACACGGAGUCCGCGGGGCCGACUACGCCUGCUACAGGGAAGCGCGACGAGCUGGCCUGCGGGGCACCUUCCGCGCCUUCCUCUCCUCGCGUGUCCAGAACGUCGACUCCAUAGUCCGCAUGGCCGACCGCAAGCUGCCUGUGUCCAACUUGAGGGGCGAGGUGCUGUUCAACUCCUGGGCUGAGAUGUUCAACGGCGACGGAGCCCCGUUCCCGCACCCCCCGCGUAUCUACUCCUUCAACGGCAAGAACGUCCUCACGGACCUCUCGUGGCCUCACAAGGCCGUGUGGCACGGCGCCCUGGUGAACGGCGAGAGGGCGCUGGACACGUCUUGCGACGCCUGGCACGCCUCCUCGCGGGACAAGGUGGGACUGGCGGGCAGCCUGAGGGGGCCGACGCUGUUGGAACAGUCGCCUCAUACGUGCGACAAGCGCCUCAUACUGCUGUGUAUCGAGGCCACCAGCGAGCUGUUUGUUCAGAGGAGACGGAGGAAUUUGGAUACCAGAGCUGAAGAUGCCCUUCUCACGGAAGAAGAAUACCACAGUCUUCUUAAUUCCAUUCAUUGAGUAUUUAGCUUUAGUGAAUUAUUAUUGUUCCAUCCAUAGUCGUAAAAGUCAUAGACCUUUUAUGUGUCAUAACAUAAGUAUAAGGCAUCGUUGUGCAUUUUGUUUGUAAAAAUUUUUUAUGUAAUCAGAAUACCAAAUAGCUGUAUAUAACUUUUGUUUACUUAUCGAUUGUACUCUUUAUCAUCGAAGUCGACACAAUGGCAUUACAAUGUUUUUUUGAGUAGCGCGCAUGUUUAUCGUUUGCCCUCGUUUUAAGCUAAGCAUACCGUAGAUCGUUUAUUUAUGUAUAAUUUAACGUAAGAAUACAAAGUUUUUUAUAUAUUCAACAUUUUUAUAUAUUUCUAUGUAAUUAUUGAAUUACCUACAUGACAUAUAACUCUAAUGGAUCUGAAAUAACUGCAUAUCAGAUUUAUUGAUACACUUUAUGUCGUUGUAUGUUCGAUGGACUGAAUGUAAAUAUUAUAUGAGCGUUACAGAAUGUCGUUUUGUGUAUAUGUAUUGAAUUAUAUAGGGUUAUCGAAUGCCAUGUAUUUGUAAUAAAUUAUUUAUGAAUGUUCAAUACAUCAAUGAUUAAAUUC